UUUCUCCGGGCACUCCAGUUUCCUCCCACAUCCCAAAAACAUGCGUGUUGUCACUUGGAAUUUCUGCUGCUGCUCGUGUCCGAGUUGGGAAUGCUCUUGGUGCCGGAAACAGUGAGGAAGCUAAGCUGUCUGGCAAAGUUGCCAUCAUCUUUACAUAAUGUGGGUGGAGGUGUCAUUCGAGGAGUUGCAAAAAUGAAGUUCGGUGCUGUGUUUAACUUGAUUGUACGCUACUGCAUUGGCCUUCCCAUUGGUUUGCCCUUCAUGUUCACAACAACAAUGGGCGUCGUAGGACUUUGGACUGGUCUUACCAUCUCUGUUGGACUACAGGCUAUUUUCUUCAGUGCAUUUUUGUACAAACUUGAUUGGAGAAAGGCUGCUGAAGAGACUCCAAACACUAAUCAGGCUCCGCUUCCUGCCCUUACACCAAGACGUGAGAGCACUGCAGAGGACCACAGGUUCCUACAGAUUCCGGAGCAGCAGGACACUGCAACCAACAAGGUCAAAGAUGUUCCUACAGUAAAAGAGAUGCUUUUACGUCAUGGCUUGGUGUUACUCGCCUUGGUUGUCACCUUUGCGGCUGGAAUCAUUCUGACAAAGAAGUCAAUGCUGAAGUGAGUCUUGGGUAGGGUUGUAACUGACAGUUAUCAGGAGAACACUGGAUCAGCCAAUUAUAGUAAAAGAGCAACGGUCCUUAUUGUGUAGUUUCUUCUAAUAAUUGUUUGCUGAGUAAAACAUUGUGCUCAGAUGCACUAUAGUAUUAUAAAUUGAUAAAAAAAAGUAGUUAUACUUUGUACAUAAAAGCUGUGUUCGUUUAGUAAUGAUUUAACAAUCUUGUGUUCAAUUGUCCAUCCAUCCAUUUUGUGAGCCGCUUCUCCUCACUAGGGUCGCGGACGUGCUGGAGCCUAUCCCAGCUGUCAUCGGGCAGGAGGCGGGGUACAACACUGGGUCUUACCCGCCUCCUAGCAGAGUUACGCCAGGUGCAGCACUAUAUAUACGCGGGUCACGAAAAUAGAGGCCAAUACCUCAAAACAUUCUGCCAUUACAAAGAUGAUGCUCACAAUUGAACCAAUGUUAUUAAUUGAUAAAAUGUUCGUCCUUGUAGUUUGCAGUGGUGUAAAACUGUGCUUCAUCAUAAUUAAAGCUAUGUUGAAUAUUUUGGUUAUCUGAAUUAGUUACAUGAGACACUCAAAAUGAUUAUAUACAG